AUGCCGACUCAUUUCACGGUUGAGGAACUGGCGUCCACAAUACGUGCUGCAAGCAUCGAAUCUGGUGUUCGACCAACGGAGUUCUUAUGGAUCGAUAUUGCAUGUAUCGAUCAAAGACCAACGUCCAAAGAGAACGCUAGUGAGGUGGGCAGGCAAGGGAAAUUUUUCAAAGAAGCGGACACAGUGUACAUUUGGCUUCAGUCGUUUGACACCAUCUCACUCGGCGAAUGGCUGCAGUAUAGCAUUGAGCAUCUUCUGAUUCCUUAUCUCCACACCAGCCAGACAGGCCUCGCACGCGGUCGAGUCCUGACCGGUCCAGCCAUCCCAGAAGAGUUGCUUGGUGAUAUCGAGAGGCACAUCCAGAGGCUAGCUCAGGACCCCUGGUGCACAUCUCUCUGGACCCUGCAAGAGGGAUUCCUCCGACCGGACGCCUUCAUUCGAACUCGGUCGCCUCCGGGUCCGGAGAGGGUGCUCCCAGACCUGCCUCACGCUCUCGAUUGGCUGGGUCGUAUUAUUGCCGACUCUCAGCGCAGCGGCCUUGCCCACAAUAAUCCAAGGUUAGGAACGAUCCAGAGAAAAGCGCUGGAGCUUGGCUUUGUUGGCGUGGUGCAUGGCUCUGUAGCAGGGGACCACGCGGAUCCAUCAUCAGUUGGCUCAGCGGAGAACCCAUUCCAUCUUCUCGCGUGCAGCGCCGCGAGACAAACCUCGCGCCAGGAGGAUCGAGUGUAUGGUAUCAUGCAGGGUUUGAACUUCGGCUUGGAAAAUCUGCGGUGGGGGAAACACGAACGGACUUUUCAGUCCAGGAACUCGAGCACCAGCUCGAAGAGGCUCUACUCGCCAAAUACCCAAUGGCCAGCCAGCUAG